AUGCGCUGCAUUGUGAUUGAGACGAGUAAAAAGGUAGGCAAGGAGCAGCUGCCGAUGACUACAUGUGAAUUUCUGAAAGAUAGAAACUUGAACCAGGUCAAGGGCGAUGGGGAAGAGUACCAACUAGAGCAUGCCACUGUCACUUUGCCGUGUUCUCAUAAUGGCCGUAUUGAAAUGACCUAUAUAGGAACUACCAAAAGUUACGUUUAUUCGGCUUUUCACGACUUAAAAACCUUCCGUAUAUUUGAGGUGUGCGUAUGGAGACGAACGCUAUAUGCCUGCGAUGAACGCCUCAAGUUUGCUGAUGCACCCAGUAAAACAUAA